GAGUGGGUAGGAGGCGUGUUGCGGUCGAUUCGCUUUCGAAUAUACAACGGAAAUUUUUCGUUCAGUGUAAAAAUAGCCACCGUUCUAGUGUUUCACUCAAUUAACGUUUUUAACAGUUGCACAAUAAUUUUAUUUUAUUUUAUUAAAAUUUAACUUUUCUUCAAACAACAGGCAAUAUUAUGAGUGACCGUAGAUUUGGAUUCAGCAACCACUUCCAGAACCGCUGUGCAUUAUGCCUGACCGAAGACGACAGCAGAAACGUAGGCACGGCCGUAUGCCAGCACAACGCCAGUGUAGAGUCAGCGCUGCACUAUCUGCGUAACUACGGGGCGCCUACGAGUCCACCCUACGCGUCGUACCACGGCGGACAGGACGGCACGGCGACCACGCUGCCAUCGUACGGCGGGUCGCCGCCAAUGUCGCCCAACUACUACACGCUGGCUGAAUUUCUGUUGCGUAUGAACCGAAUGCAAGAGAACGGUGGCCACCAAAUGCGCCCGCCAACUUCCAGACCGCCUAAACCAAAGUCCGAAAUGGGUUGCCUGCGCGAGUGCGCGUUCUGUAAGAGCAACGGCGAGACGGCCGAGUUCUACAAAUCGCACUUUCUCAAAGACCCGGUCGGCCGGGUCAGAUGCCCUAUUUUGCAACGGUAUCAGUGUCCGUUCUGUUAUGCAACUGGUGAGAACGCGCACACGAGACGUUAUUGUCCGAAAAAUCCAAACAAAAUGUGCUUUAUAAAAGGAGAACAAUUCGUUAAACAAAAUCUGCAGUGAGGGUAUAUUUAUUUUAUAUGUUUAGUAGAUAUAUUUUAAAUUGUUUUAAUAUUAAUAAUAAUUAUAGUAAUUAAUAAAAUAAAAGUUUUAUUAAUAAUUUUACGAAUAGAUAACUACAAUUAUAUUAUUUAAAAAAUAAUUUUACUUAGUUUAACAUGAUAUUUAUCAGUAUAAAUUUGAGUUUUAUUUUCUGAUCGCUUGUAUGCAAACUGUUUU